AGCAGCAGUAGCAGCAACAACAACAACAAUAAAACACAUUGGAAAACGUCUCGAAGCAUUGUAUGUUGUUUAGUCGUUCGUUCGUUUAUCACGCAUACACACUAUUUUUCGGUUGGCAUGAGUUUUUCUUUAUUCACACAUACACACAGCGUUCAUUAAAUCUUAGAGUCAAAUAGACAUAUUUAUUUUGUUCUGUCUUCAACUCUGUCGUUAGCGACGUUUCAAUCAAAUAUAGUUUUGACUUUUUUUCGUUUCGUCAUUUCGUAAUUAGUCAAUGUAUUCCAAAUUAAUAGAUUAUUUAACCGUGUUAAUAGUGGCAUAAAAGUAAUAAACAACAGUCAUAAACUCUAACCAGAGAAACAGAAGUAAUUCGAAAUAUAGUUAUAAUCGUUCGUACAUAAUUCGUGCAAUACAAACAAAUGCAAAAAAGUACAUUUGUGUGAGAGCGAGAGAACGACGUUUCAUCAGAACAAGUCGCAGAUUCGAAUCAACCGAACCAAAAUAUAGAAACGUGAAACAAGUUUAUAUUGAUACAUACACAAAACUAAAGCAUAUACGAAGUUGAAAAAAAACUCAACGGUUUUCUGUUGCAAGUGUACAAAAACCAAUUCCAAGCCAAUUUAAAUUUAAAUCUCCAAAUAAUUCAUUAUAAUAAUUAACCAAAAAAAGAACGAAAACAACAAAAUGAAUGCCUCAUCAAAUGUAGAAAAUUUAUCGCCACAAAUCAUUCGGCAAGUGGUAAAAGAAAUGCACGAGAUCCAUACAAAUUCACCCGAAGGCAUUAAAGUACAAAUCAACGAUUCAGACGUAACCGAUAUUCAAGCUGUGCUUGAAGGACCAGCUGGUACGCCAUAUGCAAAUGGAUUUUUCCGGGUGAAAUUAGUUCUGGGCAAAGAUUUUCCAGCAACACCACCAAAAGCAUAUUUUCUUACAAAAAUCUUCCAUCCAAAUGUUGCUGCCAAUGGUGAAAUCUGCGUUAAUACAUUGAAAAGGGACUGGAAACCAGAUUUGGGCAUUAAACACAUUCUUUUGACGAUAAAGUGUUUGUUGAUCGUCCCAAAUGCUGAGUCUGCAUUGAAUGAAGAGGCUGGUAAAUUAUUGCUUGAACAUUACGAUAAUUUUUCGUCACGUGCAAAAAUGAUGACGGAAAUUCAUGCACAAACCGAACGUACAUCGAAAGCAUUGAAAAUUGAUGGUGAUUCAAUCAAAGAUGAUGGUCCACAAUCGAAAAAGCAUGCGCUUGACAAUCGAACGAAUGCCCAAGAUAAGCGAAAAGAAAAACUAGGAAAAGAUAAAAAACGAGUCUUGAAACGUUUAUGAAAGACUUGCAUCCAACAAUUACCACGAAUGAAUAACAAACAUAAUCAACGCAACAGUAACAAAAGCAUCAUUUAAACAAAAAUCACAUUUUCUUUUCCAAACAUUUUUUUUUUAUUGUGUCACUUAAUAAAGAAAAAUUGGGCGGUUAGGAAUCGAAUAAGAAUAAGAAACAUGGAAAAAUUUAACGUUUUCAAGUCACAUAUUUAUGCAUCUCACCGAGUGUUAAUCGUUUGAAAAAGUGUUCGGUACAUAUAUACAUAUAUUUUUUUAUAAAAAAAAGAAGCAUCAAGCAAAAUCAGAAAGAAAAUUACUAUAUCGUGUGUGGUGUGUAGAUUGAUACUGUGUAUUUAAAACCUUGUGAAAUUGUAUUUUCAUUGAUUGUAUGAUUUCGAAUUUUGGUAUUUUCUUUUCUGAAUGUUUUUUGUGAACGUUAGACACAAUUUUGAUCUUUUCGAACUAUUAAAUUCAUUCACUGCACGAAAUCUUCCGGAAUUUUUGGAUAUCUUCUGCACUUUUCAUUUUGUUUGUUUGUGUACUUGUGUAUCGCUGACUGAUUUUGUGUCAUUUCACUAGGCAAAUUUAGAAUGAAUUGUAUAGCUUUAACUUAUUUUUCGCCUCUCACACCCAAAAAACACACACGAGCGCGUCGUAAAUGUUGUCUCUAACAAAUGAAAAUAAUUUUUAUCAACCUCUAACUCUACAUAUAUAGAUAUAUAUUUCUAAUGCAAGCAAACUAUAUUAGCACCAUGUGACUGAAACAAAUAUUUACGAACACAUUCUAAAGAUAAAAAAAAAAUCAGAAAAUUUAAACUUUAAAAUCAAAUGGGUAACAAUAUAAAUAUAAAAAAAAGAAAAAAAGAGAAUGAAGCAGGUAUUAUCAAUGCAUUUUGAACUAUGUAAAUAGAUAGGCAUGGAAUUUGAAGGGUGACACUUCUUCAUACUUUCUUAUCUUCACUAUCCUUUGAGUAGACAAAUAACUGGUUUCAUCAAUAUUAGACAUUAGAACAUUGAAAGCAAAUAUUUAUCCCAUACAUUAAAUUUGACUAAUAAGUGUGUUUCGAGGUAAGAAAAGAGUAACUAAACAAACCACCAUGAAUAUUUCAUAAGGUUCGCAAUCGGGAAAUGACCAAAAAUUAAUGCGAUAAAUUUAAUUAAGUAAAAAAAAUCAUGUUCAUUUUGAGUGUAUAUUUUUCAAAAACUGCAGAUGAAA